AUGAGGUUCUGGAUAGUAAUACCAAGUGGAGGGGCAAUAUUUGAGAUAAGACAUGGAUAUUCAGCUUACAAGGUGGAUUUAGAUGCUCAUUCUUGUUCAUGCAGAUUAUGGGAGAUAUCAGGGUUACCAUGUGUCCAUGCUCAAGCUACAAUCAAUUUCAUACAUAAAGAUCCAGUUGAUUUGAUUUCCUUCUGGGAACUUGGUCAUAAUAAGCUGUCUUGUAAGAAUGGAGAAGGUCUAAGUGACCAUGACUCUAAAAGGAAAAGUAGAAGACUAAAGGAAGAUGGGGGAUGGAAUUCAACUGUGAACAUUGCAAAGACACCAAGGAAAGCAGGUGGGGGAAAUAAGAAAGAUGUUGAGGGCACAUCAAAAGAAGAAAGUGAGGGAAAGAUGAAAGUUGUUGAGGGCACAUCAAAAGAAGUAGGUAAGAUGAUAGAUGUUGAUCAAUCAAUUUCUCACUUGAAGAGAAUGAAGAUGAUGGCAAGGAGGGGAGGUAAGAUCAAAUAUGUAGGGGGAAUAGGGGUUGUACAUGGUAGUUUAAGUCAAACUGUGGCAGUUGUUGAUGAAGUUGUAAUUACCUGCCAUGAAAAGCUUGACCAGGAAGAUUUUGAAACUAUUAAAGAUUUGCAGGCAUCUAGAUAUGAUCAUGGGGAAAUUGCUGAAGCUUUUAAUAAGAGGAAGGAAAUGUUGGUUGAGAGUAUAGUUGAUGAAGCGACCAUUCAAGAAACACAGGAUCCGUUGGUAAGAAAAAGGAAGCCCUCAGAAAGAAUUAUCAAGAUCAAGCUGAAAAAAGCAGUGCAUGAUCCAGAUGGAGGUGGUUCAACAACUGGGAAAGCAAUUACAUUGGACUGA